GAAAAACAGAAAAUAACAUCUCUUCACUUUAAAGGAACAUUUUGUAACUGAACAGGAACAGAAGAACUUAGUGGAGAGGCUCUCAAAACAAAGCUGAAAGAGCUCAAAGGACUGAUCUUCACUGCCCCGCUGGUCUCCUGGUCUAAUCCUCACUAUACGGCUGGUCUCCGGGUCUGACCCUCACUACAUUGCUACUGAGCUGGUCUGUGCUUUACUGCCAACAACCAAACAGUAAACCACUAACAUUCUAAGUGGAUCUUGAGAGAAUGGCUGAGGGAGGCUCAGUUAAUAUGCAAACACUGCAUGAGUCAUUUAAGAAGUUUGCAGCCUAUGGAGACUCCAAAGCCACCGGCAAUGAAAUGACUGGGAAGAACUGGGCCAAAUUGUGCAAAGACUGCAAAAUCAUUGAUGGCAAAACCAUCACCUCAACUGACGUUGACAUUGUCUUUUCAAAAGUGAAAGCCAAAACAGCUCGCGUAAUCACCUUCGAAGAGUUUAAAAGUGCUUUGGCAGAGCUGGCCCCAAAGAGAUUCAAAGGCCAAAGUAAGGAGGAAGCUACUGAGGCUGCCUACAAGAUGAUUGCAGGGAAAGACCCAGCAAAUAUCGGUGUAACGAAAGUGACAAAGACUGGUGCUGUUGACAGACUGACUGACACGUCCAAGUACACAGGCUCCCACAAAGAACGCUUUGAUGAAGGUGGAAAAGGCAAAGGGAAGAUUGGUCGAGAGGAUAUAAUAGAGAACACAGGUUAUGUGGGAGCUUACAAAGGAGCUGGCACAUAUGAUGAAAAGGCAAAAGAGAAAUAAUAUUAAAAGUGACUUCUGGUUUGUUUGGCUUCUUGUAAGUGGGGGAAAUGCUUUGGUUAACCUGCUGAAGACUUAAUAUAAUGUAUAGUCAUUAUGCUUUAACAAGCUUUUAGUUAAAAAUAAUUAUUUAAUAUAAAAAUGAUGAUAAUUUUCUGUAUGGACACAGCACAUUUAUGCUAAAUCUUUACAUAUUUUGUGUAGAAAUUAGUCCUUUAAAAAUAAACAGUUAACACUUAUGUUAAAAGUAGCCAGAUAGAGUUUUUGUGUCAGCAGCCAUAUAAGAAUGGAAAUAAGCCCCCAAAGUAUUAAUUACAUUUUAUCUGUUAAGGAUGUUAAAAUACAUAAUGGAAAUGGCAUUUCAUAUCUCCAUUAUACAAAAAGAAUGUAUUUCUAGUCUUAAACACAACCUUUGUAAAUAAUUACUUUAACAUUAUUCUUAGAUUACAGAUAUUUACACUUACCUACUUAACUAUCCUUAAUGAGAAGGCUCCAAGUUCUGAAGCAUUUCCCCUUUGAUAGGCCAGAAACGCAUAGCGUGAUAUUGCUGCAGCUUUUUGUGCCACUACAUUGGCCUGCAUGGCAACACUGCAAGUUGGAGUUACAAGAUUUUGUAGUAGGCAAACUGUGUGGAUGUCAGCGUCAAAUGUUCGAAUGCAUGAUUCCAGAAUUUUGUUCAUCGUCCAACAUUUGCCAAUGCCAACAAAAUCCCUGGAGAUGUGACAGUUUCAAAAAUUCAAUACCAAGGACAUACACCAAAGUUUCAACAUGGAAAAUCUUUUAACCCAUCCAGCCUGCAUCACUAUUUGCCCUGUGCCGGAGCUAAUGGUUUUAAUUUCCCCACCUUAUUACUUGCACCCUUUUUAGAUUAAUAACAAAUAAUGGGGCGGCAUUGGUUCCCAAAACAGACUUGCUAGGAUAAAUUUUAGACUCUAGCCAUUGUGUGAUGAAUAAACACUAAUAAUCACCAGAAAUCACUGGAGUGGAACCUCAUAAGAAUGCUCUUGUAGAUGGAACUCAAUGAGAUACUGUAACCUGACAUCACCCAGCUGAUAAGAUUAUUGGUAGAUGAACGAACCACGCUACUUUAACUAGAUUUUCUAUAUUGAUAGUUUUUAUGGAAAAUUAAAUCUUUCCUGAUUAUGAUCAAGGAGCAUAGUAAGAUCAAUUAAUAUUUUUAGUAUUGAAACUUUGUACAAAUACUUUCCACCCUCUUAAAGCACCCUUUAAAUUUGGGAAAUAGACUCUCUGUUGGACAUUCUAAAUGCUCUGUGUACUGAGUGAAUACUGUAAUGUACAUCUUCUAUUCCAUCACUUCACAUGGACAGAAAGCUAAAAUGGCAUGCAGCGUAAUGGACAAUCUGGGUGUUUAUGUAACAUCAUUCAUCUAAAAUAUUUUGAAUAAAAGAUAACUUGCCCAAAAAUUACCUUGGUGCAAAUAUA